GCGACGGGCAUAGAUGCACGGGCUUUGGUGAACUUCAGUCCAGGUAUGAGGGGUGCCCGAGAGAAACUGCAAUGGGCAUCGAAGCGCGUCACCACUCUGCAGGAGGACAUUGCGUACUCAUUAUUUGGUAUCUUCGGUAUCACUCUACCUGUCAUUUAUGGCGAGAAGAAACAGAACGCGCUCGGACGGCUCCUACAGGAGAUCGUAGCUCGGUCGGGGGACAUCACUGUCCUCGACUGGAUCGGACAACCUUCCGAGUUCAAUAGCUGUCUUCCAGCGCAUAUUACCUCUUACACCACUCCUCCAUGUGCCCUUUCAUCUUUGUCUGAAGACGAUAUUCAGACACAGGUCUCUUCGCUGCGAAAAAAUCCCGAUGUUGUGGAUCUGGCUUCGGAACUUUACGACCGGCUUGAUAACACAAGCGCUGCUCGUUUCGCGAACUGCAGGCUGCAUCUGCCUUGCAUGGCAUUCCGUGUCACAGAAGUUAGUCUGAGGCACGGUCCAUCCCAGGAGACUCGAUGUAAAGUCAAGGCAGACGGGCUCCGUGACCUGCUGAUCACUACCAAAGAGCUGAAUAUUCACUCACGGACCAGGCCCGUCAAUCAAACCUUCCUGCUUGUCCGUCCCUGGGAUCGGUCUCUCCUCGAACUACCAGACUUUGCAAAUCUGCUAGACGAUACCGAGAGCGAGGGGGAUUAUCGGACUCCACCUUCGUCUCCGUCAGACGACUCACCUAGCCAUUCUCCUGUAAAACAGGAUGGGGUUGAUCUAGAAUUGCGAGCAUUGCGGUUGCUCGUUCGCCUUGGGCAGCCUUUUGGCGCCUUUUUGCUAGCGCGGCAGCGUGGUGGAGAAUACAAGAGGGUUGCGUCGGAUGGUGAUAUCAUUGCGCAGGUCAAAGAUGUGUCUUCUGUUCAAGACUUGAUGGACAUUAAGACGAUAGAGAUAUUGUAGAUGUAUAUUUUUUCUCGAAGAUGAGGGAUCUGAGCGAUUU